AUGUGAUCCCAGCUCCUCCCUCUCUUGCAGGAUGAGCUCGCCAUUCCCACGGGAUCAUGGCAGGGCCCGUUCCGAGCCGGGCCCGGGUCUAUGCCGACGUCAACACGCAGCGGCCCCGCGAGUACUGGGACUACGAAGCCCACGUCGUGGAGUGGGGGAACCAGGAUGACUUCCAGCUGGUGCGGAAGCUGGGCCGGGGCAAGUACAGCGAGGUCUUUGAGGCCAUCAACAUCACGAGCAACGAGAAGGUGGUGGUGAAGAUCCUCAAGCCCGUCAAGAAGAAGAAGAUCAAACGGGAGAUCAAGAUCCUGGAGAACCUCCGCGGCGGCCCCAACAUCAUCAACCUCUUGGACAUCGUCAAGGACCCCGUGUCCCGGACGCCCGCCCUGGUCUUCGAGCACGUCAACAACACCGACUUCAAG